CUCCUUACACCCCAAAAGUGUGUUAUGAGGGCUCUAUUAGAAACAUAAACUUGGGUUCAUAGGCUACCUCUAAACACAAAGGUUUCACACUAUUCUUUAAACGAACAGGCUCCCCUGAUAAAUGCCAGCCGGGUCGCCCAAGAGGACCAUCAUUCCACGGCAAUGUUCUCCAGCCAGAUGACUUCCACUCCUUUCUCAGUGCGGGACAUACUGAACCUGGAGCAGAAUCAGGAGGACUUGGUGUCUCUGGACAUGUCUCAGCGGCUGGACAGUGCCCUUAUUCCGAGCUCAUCCUGCAUGCUGUCCACUUUCAAACAAGAGCAGUUCAUGGACAUGCCAUCCGGAGCCUCUCUCUUCAGCGAAGACCUUCAGGACGACAAAGGCACCAAAAACAGCUCUCUGAACUUCGGUAACGCUGCCUUUUAUGGGAAGAGUUUCCUAGAAAUGGACUACGUUAAAGACGCAAAGACAGACGACACGUUUGAAGACAAAGAGAAAAAAGACAUCAGCUGCUCUCAGGAAGAUCCAAGUGAAGAUGUGAAGCUGGAUGAAGCGGAUCGACCCAAACAGAGGAAAAGGAGGAAGCCUCGGGUUCUGUUCUCUCAAGCGCAGGUGUAUGAGCUGGAGAGGCGCUUCAAACAGCAGAAAUACCUCUCUGCACCUGAGAGAGAUCAUCUAGCCAGCGUGCUCAAACUCACCUCCACACAGGUCAAGAUCUGGUUCCAGAACCGACGCUAUAAGUGCAAGAGGCAGCGUCAGGACCAGACCCUGGAGAUGGUGGGCAUCGCGCCUCCGAGGCGCAUCUCGGUGCCGGUUCUGGUUCGGGAUGGAAAGCCGUGCCUGGGCGACGCUUCCACAUACAACACAUCUUACAACGUGGGGAUCAAUCACUUCACCUACAACAGCUACCCUGCGUUUAGUAAUUUCCCGAGUCCGGGCAACACGAACUACUCAUGCAACUACCCAGCGAGCAUGUCCUCCAUCCAGCCCUCACAGUCCAACAACAACUACAUCAACUUUGGAGUUGGGGAUCUAAAUAACGUGCAGGCUCCGUUUCAGUCCAGCAGCGGGGUUCCCUCUCUACACGGCAUCCGAGCCUGGUGAAACAAAGAACUUUAGUUGCAUGCAUGGACAUUUAUAUUCAUUUUCAUAAUUGUUUUCAUAACAGCCUAUUUGAGUAGACAGAAUGCGGGAUGGCUUUGCUCUGUCACAUGCAUUCUUUCUUACGCUUUAAUAUCUUUCAGUAUAUAUCAUCGUUUUCUUUAAAAACAUGUCUGAAUCAUUUGCUUGCACUUGAGUUAAAUUAUGAGAGAUAAACAGCACGUGAAAUAGGUAGAUUAUUUAUAAUUUUCACCAGAUGUAGUUAUUAUGAGGCCUUUAUUAAUCUCGAAAGAAGUUCCCGCGUUUUUUUCUUUCUGUUCAAGGCCAGUCUCAUUUUCAUAAAUAUGAUCAGACCAUAAAAUUAACUGUAACCAAUGAAUGAAUUAAGAAACAUUUGUGUGUGUGUAUCCAGAGAAUGAAGGUGUUGUUAUUCAUUUGCUUGUGUAAUUCUGAUAUGUAAACCUUUUAAGAGAAAAUAAUA